CGACAUCCUACUGCCAAUGUCUGGUGUUGUAGCCCUGAAAUUCAAUUGCUUUCCAAGCGGCCGUCGACGUUAUUCAGCCGACAUCACUGCCUCGUGAGUCGUGACCUGCCAAGAUGGCAGACUCAACUGUAGUGAAAGACAAUCGCGCCGUCCGAGAUGAUAAGACUCAAGACGACGCGUUGAAGGAGGGGCACGCACCUGGGGGAGAGGACAAGACCACCGAGCUGUCAAGUGACGAUAGCUCAAAGCCCAGGCAUCCCCAGCCUACUGAGAAGGAAGAGGAGUCCGAGGAGCCCCCGAAGCCCUCGAAAUUUCAGGAGAUAUGUGGAAAGAUUGGGCUUGACAUGGGGACAGUGCUGAUGAUGUUCAAGGGUUCACUGCCGCCAACAAUAGCUGUGGCCUGGUAUCAGUCCAAUGAUAUUGCCGAAAUAUACACCACCCUUGGCUAUCUCGUGCCAGUUAUCUCUGUUUUGUCAAUGGCUAUCAUGCCGCGCGCCAAGUUCUUACAGACUUUGAUCUUGAACACCUUGGGCAUCUGCAUUGGCUCAGCCGUAUCCCUGCUGGGAAUAUGGAGUGGGGUGCAAGCGCGGAAGCACACGACCCCAGCAGGCUCAACGGAGCGAUAUAAUUCCAGUCAAGCCGCUGUCUGCGCAAUAUGGCUGUUUGCAAACAUUUGGUUUGUGAACACUUCCAGGGCCAAACUGCCUGCUCUGCAGUUUCCUGUGAUCAUGUACUCAAUCUUCACAAACGUUGCGUUUACUUACGGGCCGGGCUUUACGACGAUUGAACAAGGAGAAUCGCUUAUUAGGCAGCUUCUCUUGGGAUUUCUCUCGGCAUUUGCUAUUGGUACAGCGGUCAAUUGGUUCAUCAUUCCCGUCACCUGUCGAACAGUAGUAUUCAAGGAACAAGCUGGAUACAUAAUGGGAAUCAGGAACGUUCUCAAAGCGCAGACAACAUAUUUACAAAGCUUGGAAAGCAGUGAGAUGUUCGCAAGAACGGACACUAAUGUGGUGGAUAAUGAGAAGCAAGGAGAUGACCAGAAGGAGAAAAAGAAGAAGAAGAAGGGGGACUCAGAUUCCCAAUCCAAUCUAAUUCAAAGCCCUCAAGCAAAGGCGUUGAAAGGGGCUCUUGCCGAGAUUACUGCCCUUCAUGGGAGGUUACACGGUGAUAUGACCUUUGCCAAGAGAGAGAUAGCAUGGGGCAAAUUGGAUGACAAAGAUAUUGAUGAGAUAUUUGCCCUGUUUCGGGGGAUCUUAAUUCCAUUGGUUGGAAUAGGUACAAUCACUGAUAUUUUUGAAAGAAUCGCGGAAAGGCGUGGAUGGGUGAAACCCCAGAAGUCGAGUCACAGGGACCAUUCGGAGUCUUGGGAACACUGUGGCGAAGAAGAGAGGGUUUCCUCACAGAAGACAUGGAACGAGAUAAUGAAAACCCUUCAUGAGCCUUUUGCUGUGGCUGUAGCUGCUAUGGACGAGGGGCUGGAACACGCUGGUCUUGUCUUGGAACUGCUGCCAAAACCAAAGAAGAAGAAAGGGGAGGAUGAAGAGGCGAAAGGCACGGAUCCGAGACCUGGUGAUACUGGAUUUACGAAGUUUAUGGAGCAGAAGAUGUUGGACUUCUAUCGCAAACGUGGCCAGGUCUUGCGAGCGUGGGCCAGAGAAAAGGGUCUUUCUGAAGAACAAUUCGAUCACGCAAAGAGCGUACCCAUUGGAAAGAACGACUUGACACCAGACGAAGCUCAACAUCGUCGGGAUCAGCAGCAGCUAUACCUCAUUCUGUACAUGGAAAAUCUCCUUUACUCGACUGGCACAGCCAUCACAGCACUGGUUAGGUUCGCAGAUAAGAAGCUUGAAGAGGGUACAAUGAAAAGGAAUCGCCUGAUCUUUCCCGGCAAGACAAGGCUCAAGAAAUGGAUUCUCGACAUCGGAAAGGAAGAUGCACUAGCCGACACCGAAAACCCGGACUCAAUGGAAGCGGGCACCAACAUCAUCUAUAUGGGAUCUGGGUUCGAUCCCAAAAAGGACCCUGAGCAUCUCCCACCUCAGACCGCUUGGCAACACUUUGGAAACGCAGUUCGUACUAUUCCAAGGUUCCUGGGAUCGGUAGAGAGUGCGUUUGGGCUUAGAGUAGCCUGUGCAACCUUGACUGUCGGAAUUGUUGCUUUUUUGAAGGACACACAGACAUUCUUCAUCGAACAGCGUUUAGUCUGGGCUAUGAUUAUAAUUGCAAUCGGCAUGAAUAUGACCACCGGCCAGAGCAUGUUUGGCUUCUUCGGAAGAGUGGUAGGUACAACGGCGUCAAUGGUCUUAUCAAUUGUGAUCUGGUACAUAGUUGACCAGAAGACACCGGGAAUCAUCGUUAUGCUGUGGUUCUUCAUCUUUCUUGAGAUGUAUCUGUUCUUGAAAUUCCAGCGCUUUAUCGCCAUAUGGCUGGUCACCAUAAUCACCCAGGUUCUGAUCAUAGGCUAUGAGCUUCAAGUUCGGAAACUUGGUAUUGCAGCUGCAACUGCGAGCGGACAGCCAUACUACCCUAUCUACGAACUCGCCCCUUAUCGUCUGGCUUGUGUCGCGGGAGGCUCAUUCGUGGCAUUCAUCUGGACGAUUUUCCCUUACCCACUCUCCGACCGCAGUUGGCUCCGACAAGACCUCGGUUCCACUCUCUAUUUACUUGCAAAUUACUACAGUGUAGUGCAUUCCACCAUCGGAGCUCGAAUGCAUGAUACCGAAGGCGAUAUGGAGUCAGAAGCAAGCCCCGGACGACAACUAAAGAAAUUCCGCCACAAAAUAUUUGGCAAGCUGAUGAUGCUCCUACCAUCUCUUAAACAGCACGCCGAUUGGCAGAAAUGGGAGAUCACGAUUGGGGGCAAAUUUCCACGAGAGACCUAUGAAGGCAUUACAUUACGAGUAUCGAACAUCGUGAAUUAUCUUUCACUCAUGUCGUAUGCGACUGAAUCUUGGUCUAAAGAUGAUGGAACCGAAUAUCCAAACAUGGACCGCACCAGUCGACGGGCUUGGGUCAACGAUCUCAGCGCGCUCAUCGAUAACGUAGAUCCGACAACUCACCAGAUCACAUCCAUUCUAUCCCUCCUCUCAGCUUCUGUUAAACAAGGUUCCGCUCUGCCACCAUACAUAGAACCACCCCAACCUUACAACCUGAUUAGACGUCUAGAAGCCCUCGAUAAAGGGAUCUUGGACGCCCGACACAUCGAAGAGCCCGGCUAUUCAGCAUACGCUGUUCUGCAUGUAGCCUCCAGCCUUGUGACCGAUGACUUGGCGAGAUUGAUCGACCAUGUGAAGGAUCUAGUUGGCGAGACGGAUUUCUCCUUUAAGGUCUCGACGCCGGAGACGGAUAUGGAUAGAAAAACUUCAGGGAGAAGUAAAACUUCUUCGAAGGGCAAGAAGGAUUAGGCAAUGCUCUGUCUAGGUCGAGAGACGGGAGGCGGGAGACUAGAGACUAUGCAUAGCGUGGCGUUGUUGGCUCUUUGCAUGAGCGUUGUUUGAAAAUAUGAGCGCAUAAUUAAUUACAAGUACGAAGGAUAGAGAAAUAGAUGGCAUAGAGUCUGAGGAGUAGGGUAGGGCUGUAAGCCAUGCUAUAGGGGGAAUCUUCUAUAAACAGCCCGGGAUACCUGGGAACUGAAUUCAGUCCUAGCGUACACUUAUCAAAUACCCAAGCCGCCAUCCCGUUGUCUUCACGUCUCUUGCGAUUGUCGAUUUGUAUGGCGU